AAAGAAGUGAGAAAAAACAAUACUGUUUCAGAAACCAAUGGCCACCGCCGUGCUCCGCUGCCCGCUGCUCGCCUCGCCUCUCCCGGCCGGCGGCGCCGCCACCGCCUCGUGCUCCGGCUCCUCCCGCCCAUCGCGAUUCCUUCUCCGGCGGCGGUGGUGCCCGAGUCCCCUGCUCGCCGUCUCCUCCGACUCCUCCAAGCCCCUCGCCUCCUCCUCGACCGGCGGCGGCGGCGCCGACCCCGACGAGGAGCCCGUCCUUCCCCUCCUCCAGGAACUCGCGGAUUGCUUGGUGCUCCCGCCCAAAUUCCUGUCCCUGCUGCCCCGCGACCUUCGCCUCGAUCUCAAUGACGCGGCAUUCGAUCUCUCCAACGGGCCUGUUCUCAAUGAGUGUGGCCAAGAGGUCGGUGACCUGCUGCUGGACCUGGGAAAAGCAUGGGAGAUGGCUAACACAGAAGCAUCAAACAACCUUGCCAAGCAGCUGCCGUCAAUGGCGCCCUACUUGACCGCCAGCGCGAAAUCAGCAUUUGGCAAGCGGCUGGCAUCAGCUGGAAAGAAGUUUCAGACUAUGGGCCAGUAUGGCAAUGGAGAGUUCAAGAAGAUUUCUGAAACAAUGAUCAAGAUCGGUAAGGUUCUAUCAAAACGCCCGGUGAUUCAAGCUGAAGUAGAGGCCACUAAAGAAAAACGAAAGCUGAAGUUUGCAGGAGCUGAAUUUGAAUUGACAGCACAAAAUGCAUAUAUCGGUGCUGCAGUUGGACUGGUUUUCGGGUUUUUCUCCUGGCAGCUGGCCCAAGGCGUGCAAAGCAGUCCAGAUGACAGCCAGUUCUUCUUUUUCUUUCUGAUGCAGCCGCUCAAGGUCCCGCUGCUGCUUCUCGGCUACACUUCGACGGCCCUGUCCGCGGCCGCGGCGGUGGGGCUCGUGGUGCUGGCCCUGCAGAUGAACCCCGAGGACAAGUCGGACUAACUGAACUGUCUUUUAGUUUCUUUUUUAUUUUCUUGAGUUGGAACUGCCUUUUUCAGUUCCUGAAACCGCUGAGCUUGUGCGGCGUCUUAACCCCCCGUGGAAGACUGUAAAAACCUGCAAUGCUACCUUGAGUUAACUAUAAAAUCCGUUUGCCCUCAGAAUGUAAAAGAAAGGCAAAUAAUUCGCUGCGUCGUCGCUGUAUGGAUCAUUUUGUACAAAUGAUAAAAGCGUCCUUUGUUCGUGUGGAA